AUGUCCAUCCGCGACCACAUCGACUCCCUGGCCCACAACCUCUCUCUCACAGAAACAGAGGAAACAUGGGACACCAUUCUACGCGCUAUCAACUCCCUUUCCUUGGCAUGUGCCAACACCGACUCAUACGACCCAACCGACCUUGUAUCCGCUAUUCGCCCCCUCUACAGGCCUAUUAUUAACGCAAUGAACUCGGAAAGAGGUCGUCUGUCCGGCGCAGCAAUAGAUCUCGUCGGCAUCCUCGCCUCAUCUCUUGGGGUGGCAUUCGAUCCUCUCCUCCACCAUCUAUUUCCCGUUCUGCUCGCUUUGUCAUCUCGUACGAGCAAAGUCACGAUGACAAGAGCCAGGACAUGCAUUCUUACCGUCAUUGACGCAACCCAACUACCAACCAUUCUGUCGUAUCUUCUUCAAUCUGCCGCCGAUAAAUCUAUUUCAUUGAGGGUCACGGUUGUUGAAUCGACAUUAGCUUGUCUCAACUGCUUCAACCCACCUGAUUUGGAGAAAGAAUCCAAGGCCAAAGAGAUUGAGGCCAUCAUACGGGUCGCUGCCAGGGACGCAAGCGGUGAUGUCCGCAAAGUUGGACGAAAAAUGUUCGAUGCCUACAAGAUUCUUUUACCAGAUAGGGUAGAGAGAUUCAUCGCACCACUCUCUCCAACGUCACGGAAAUAUCUCGACAUCCAGCCUAAACCAUCGUCAUCAAAGACACUGGGAGUGCCAAUGAAGCAACCACAACUAUCGUCUUCGACUUCGGCGAUGAAGCCUUCUACACUCGAUAAAGCCAAAACGCAUAUGCGUUCGGCCUCUUCCCCAGCAGUUGCUCCUCAAAUUACUCGGCCUGUUGCUCAACCAGAACGGCCCAAACCUGUUGAGGUUGUCGUUCCACCGAAAGUAACCGGCACAAUUCCUCCGUCACGGCAUGCUCCAUCUAAGUCUACCUUGGAACGCAAACGCGUUAUAUCCAUGUCGGCCGCUCGCACUCGCAUUGAAACAGAUUCAACAACGCAACCCAUUCCAACCACUAGUCAGCCUGUGAGACGGGUGGUCCCAGCUCAACAAGCAGUUCCCGUUGUUGUGACUGGCCCACAGAGGAUUCUGAUAAGCGAUAGUAAGCCCUUGGACAAAGCUGGACCGCAUCGUGGUCGUGUCAUAAGCUCCGUAUCAACUCCCGCCCUUCGCAUCGCAUCCACGGCACCUCCACCUCCAAAACCGACAGUGACGAAACCAGCUCUUAGAUCAACAACGACUACUGCAGGCCCAAGCUCCAAAAGAGUCCCGGUUUCUCAACUGAAAUCGUCACCUCAGAAGACUGUCUCCAAGCAUAAGGAGCCAGUCAAGAAUAGCUUGAUGAAACCAACAUUAGCACAACUUGCUCGAGCCAAAGCCAUCGAAAAGCGCGUUGCAGCAGUUGCUACUGGCGAGCCGUCUCGAGCAGAAAGACGAGCUCCUAGGAAAGCACCGCUUCCAUCGAGGAAGGUCAACAAACCAGUAGUGGAAAAAGAAAAAGAACCAAGCCAAGUGAUUGCAGAGGAAGAGGCUCCAGCUGAUGAACCUGAAAACGCAGAAAAAACAGACGAACAGCCUGCAGCAGAAGACAAGUUGCAGGAAGACGAAGAGAUACCAAAAGUUUCAGUCGAGUCCCUCGAUUUAGCGACUCCUCCUAGAACUGGUGCAGCUCCGAAUAUUUCUGUCAACAAGACGCCGAUUUCGGAACUGCUGCUCUCGAUAGAACGGGGAUUUCUAUUCACGCCGUCUGCGCCAUUAUCGCCUCCAGACUCGUAUCUAAACCUGCCUCCGGUUGGAGCCGCUAUUCCUUUUCCCAUCCCAACAACCUGGCCACACGCAACACAACAGCAAACGAGCCUGAAGCCUUUCGAGGUAGUCCGGCAGUUAGAUUCAAGGAAAGCUCUCGGUAAUGUAGAGACCAACAAAGAGCGUGUGCUUUAG